AUGACAACCCCGGAGAUGCCUUCCUACAAGAGCGAGAGGUGGCUCAAGCAGAUGGGUUGGGAAGAGGGCAAAGGUCUGGGACGUAAUCAAGAUGGAAUGUCCGAAUACAUCAAAGUCUCCAAGAAGACUGACACCUUUGGGAUCGGCGGGUCACGGUUGACGGAUCGCGAUAGGCAGGGCUUUGGCUGGUGGGACAACCUUUACAACAAGGCCGCCGCCAGCGUUCAAGUCGAUCCCACCGCGGCACCGACCAUAAAGUCCAACGCGAGCGCUGCCAAGUCGAAGCCGACCACCAACUACGGCGCCCCGAGCUUCGUGAAGGCCGAACACAAGUACCAAACGCUGGCCGACAAGGCGCAGGAAGAGGAGGAGCAGAAGAACGGCGAUGAGGAGAGCAAGCCCCAGCAGCAGCAGACCAUGCAGCAGAAGUUCCCGCAGUUCUACGGCGGCGCGUUCGUCUCCGGUGGAGCCUUCGUUCUCGGGGCUUCGACGAAGGACAGCAGCGAUAGCGAUAGCAGCGACAGCGACGACAGCAGCGACGACGAGGAGAAGAACUAUGCGUCGGGCCUCAACGAAAACGAUCUGCUCGCGGUCUGCGGCGGAAGGAUCCUGUCGCAGUGGAAGUACCCGGCGCAGGGCCGAGCGAAGCGGUUGGCCGAGCACGAACGGCAGUGGAAGGAGAACCGCGACAGAGAGCUGGCGCUCGAGAAGGAGAAGGAGAAGAACGAGGAGCAGGGACAAAAGGAGAAGAAGGAGAAGAAGGAGGAAGUGGUCCCCGUGGCCACGAAGGACAAGACGACAGAGGAGGAGGAGACAAAGAAAGAAAAGCGGAAGAAGAAGGAAAAGAAGGAGAAGAGGAAGAGGAAGGAAGAGGAGAAGAAGAAAAAGGCGAAGAAGGCGAAGAAGGAAGAGGAGGGAAAGACGAGCAAGGUGAGCAAGAAGCGAAAACGAGAGGAAGAGGAAGAGGACGAGGAGCCGGAGGAGAAGGAGGAAAAGGAGGAGAAGAAAGAGAAAAAGUCAAAGAAGAGCAAGAACAAAAAGGCCAAAACGACGGACGACAAGGCAGACAAGAAGAAGAAGAAAGAGAAGAAGGACAAGAAGAAGAGAAAGAAGGAACAAAAGUCGAGCGAGUGA